AUGUUUCUGGAUAGGAUGUAUCCAUCCGGAUCCAGCACAUUCAGUGGUGGACCGGGUCCUGUCCGCAAAGGAGCGGAUAUAUCACUUGAAGCAGUAAAUGAGUGGAAAAUACAAGAAAUCGGUUAUGACGGAGUAGAAAAGUAUAUAAAACCACCAUCGUUUUCUGACAAUGUUGGUAAACUAGCCCGACAAGUGGACUGGCAGAAGUUGAUAGGAUCAGAUGCCGUUUAUGAUAAUCCAAAUGCGGUGAAGAGUGAAGCGGAAGAUGAAGAAGAGACCGUUGAAACAAAACCAGUCGAGAUUGAAGAGCGAGUUGUUCCAGAAGCUGGACCUUGGCACAGUGUCGCGAAAUACCUUCAUGAGUCCCUGCAACAGUUCAACGUACUCCUUGACAAUCUUGCUAUCAUGCGAGCCACUGACUACAUGAAACCACUGACAAUCCUUGAUCCUAUACAUGCGGAAUCUGCACCAAUGCAAGCUGAGAAUGCGGCGGCUAGUAAAGCUACUCAGUGGGUGUGGAAAAGAAAGGCUCUACUGGAAGCAAUGAGAGUUCUAGAGCUAGCACAGGGACUCAGGAACGUAGAGGUGGAAGACGAGGCACAUCAGCAGAAGAGCCAGUUUUUCAUGGAGUUGACGAAGAUGCGUGAAUACUGGAGGGUCCGAAAGACGGGUGAUCAUAUCUAUGGAGAUUUGGGCUAUAGGAUAUUCGGGUCGAAAUAUAAUGCAAGAGAGCUGUUCGACAUCACAAGGAGAUCUCUCACACCUGGAACGUCAUUUGACGCGAAUACCUCUGUUUUGCAGGUCUCGGUGCCUCGUGAUCUCACCCGUCGCUCGACAUUGGCUGUGACGAUUGUGAAAGACGAUUACACUAAUCGCGAUUUGUUUGCUAGCCUUGAUGAUCAUCAGUUUGAAUAUAUGAAGGUGGAUAGCAGCAAAAUAGAGUCGAUACAUUGGGCAGAUGCGUUGAAGUGGGCACAAGAGACGCUUAUAUGCAAGGAUAUCUUCAAUACUCUAUGCUCCGAUGCUGUACAACUAAGAAAUCGUCUAUCAACAGUUCGUGACGGCGUGCUUCUCGUCAGGCUAUACAAUGAGUAUCUUUUGCGAGUGGAGCUGAAAUAUCAUCCUUUCAAAGAGGGCGAACUUGUUGAAGAAGGAUGCCCUUACCUCAACAGAUCUUUGAGGGAAAUGAUGGUCGCACAAGAAUGUACUCGAUGGGUCCGUCCGCAAACGUUUGUAUCGCUGCCAUUGACGACCCUUAGUGAGGCUCUCGAUGCACGUGGUCCAAGAGCAUUCACUGCCCGAGAGAUAGAAAGCAGAGCUUAUAAGCCUCAGUUCUUAUUAGAAAAAUUGAUCACGGUGGCAUCUCACUAUUCUUUGGUGAAGAUGGCACGUGAAACAUUGGAAGAAUUCAUGAGCGCAACUCGCGAUCCGCAGGUGCAUUGGCGGUGGCUGCGUUGUUCUCCAAUCAGCUCUCAGUUCAUGGUGAUAAUGACGAAUCGGAAUUUCGAUUAUGUCGUUGGGAAAGUCACUUAUUACAUCCGUGUGACAGCCGAUGCUAUCAGCUUGAUCUCAAAAGACGGACACAAUAUGGACUGUUACCGUGAUCCUCAUCAACUGAUGUAUGCUCUCAAAUACAUGGCAUGUACUUUUUCCGUCACAUCCAUAUCAACCCUGGGAAAGGUGAUGUGGUUCUAUCAACUUCUACAUGCAAAUAUGAAUGCGACUGAUGAGCACGGAAGGCCAGCGCCAACCUUGUAUAUGCUCAAUCCGGAUGCUACCAUGGAAGUUUUUGUACGAUUUGGGAUUGAUCAGAAUCCGUUGAUACAAGUGAGGAAGUUCCAGGGAGCUACAAAAUAUGACGACCAAGUGCACAUUCCAUUCACAACGUUGAAUUAUGAUCGAUUAAGAGGAAGUACGUUAUGUAAAAAGAUGGAUAAUCUGUUCGCCGCAUUUAGAGAUAUCGAUGAUUGAUGUAUAGCCGGAUUGGAUCCUGCACAAAUUGUCAUGUAUAUAUUGUUUCUUUGCAUUGCUGAAUUAUGGGUUCUGAAGAAUUUUUAUCAUAAUUACUUCUAUGUUACGAAAAUCAUGGAAAUACAACAGUCAAAAGC